ACGUGUGCUACCAUCACGAUGCCUGAAGUAAACACAGAUCACCUGGAUGAGCAGCAGGUGCAGCUCUUGGCAGAGAUGUGCAUCCUUAUCGAUGAAAAUGACAAUAAGAUUGGAGCAGAUACUAAAAAAAACUGUCACUUGAAUGAAAACAUUGAUAAAGGUUUACUGCACCGAGCUUUCAGUGUUUUCUUAUUUAAUACCGAAAAUAAACUGUUGCUACAGCAGAGGUCAAAUGCAAAAAUUACAUUUCCAGAUUGUUUUACCAACACUUGUUGCAGUCAUCCUCUGAGCCAUCCACUGGAACUGGAAGAAAAUAAUGCCAUUGGUGUUCGGAGAGCAGCACAGAGACGACUGAAAGCAGAGUUAGGAAUUCCCAUGGAGCAGGUGACUCCAGAAGAAAUCUCCUAUCUGACACGAAUUCACUACAAGGCCAAGUCUGAUGGGAUCUGGGGUGAGCAUGAGAUAGACUACAUCUUGUUUGUCCAGAAGGACGUGGCACUGAAUCCCGACCCUAACGAGAUCCAAAGCUACUGCUACGUGACCCAGAAAGAACUGAAACAGCUCUUGGACAAGGCCUCCAAGAAUGAAGUGAAGAUUACUCCGUGGUUUAAACUAAUUGCAGAGACUUUCCUUUUUAAGUGGUGGGAUAACUUGUCUGACUUGAACAAAUUUGUUGAUCAUGACAAAAUACACCGAAUGUAAAUAGCUGGGGUGAAAGAUGCUGAAGGCUUGCAGUGAGGUGCUCGCUCAUUAACACUACGGUAACUGGCGACUCUCGAAUGUAGAGGGGUGAUCCCUGUUUAACAAACAGCCUGGUUAUAGCCGAUGGUUUUUCUUCCCUCUUCAGCUCCUCUCCCCCCCUCCCCCAGCCCUGUUCCUCUUGGGUGAGUUAAGCUUAUCUCCUGUAAAAUGGGCAAAACACGAGAAACCCCUGGGUUUGUCCUUCUCCAUUACCUCCUGUGAUAUGAAAGGUCCACAGCCCGCCCGCCUGCCUGCCUGGCUCUCGCUCCCUUGGGCCCCGACAGGCGCUGGUGGGGGCGUGGGGGCGACUCCUCCGCAGCUAAUUCGGCAGCUCGUGCAUUCCCAGCGGUACACGACCGCGCCUUCCAGAAUAGCAAUUCCAGAGGCAUUUGAGUUCUGCACUGAUGCUGAGAAGACUAGCUGCCUGAAGAGAAAGUUCAAAGUAAUCAGGAUGGUUUCAUUUGCAGAACACAAAUGUCUUCAGCUACUGUAUGCUAACCAAACACACAAAAGCUUAAGUAACUGCAUUGUUGGUGUGGGCUGUUUCACUUUAAAGCACUGCACUACGUGUCUUAGCUUGAGGUAACAAACUGGGGGUGGGGUGGGGUGGUUAUUUGUGUUUUUUUGCCACCAGCCUUUUCUGGUUAGUUGAUGAGCGAGUACUGCACAUCUCUUAAAACAAAACAAAAAAGUUAAUUAUACCAAGUGCGAACGGUCCCUAUCCCAUAUAGGCAGUAGCCUGUCUUUGGAGAAGGGAUGCCCGUUAAAUGGCUCCUCUCCAUCUUCCAGAAAACAAAGGCAUCUUGAUACAAGCUUUUUCUCCUGCAACACCUGCUGUAAGAGUCAUUCCUAGACAACGCAAACCCUUUGAACUCCAAAAUUCAAGACUGUUUGUGGGCUCACACCAGGUCUUAGUUGCAGUUAAUCAGAAACUGUGCCAUAGCGUCAGAGCCAAUUCCUCUUGAUCUUGCAGGCACUUGCUAGGAAUGAAACAAGGCUUUUCUUUAAUAAGCCAAAUUAUCAAGGGUGUCUCAGUUUGAAUUACAGUUUUUUGGGUUGGUUUGGGGUUUUUUUGCCCCCACAAAAGCUUAACUGUGGUUUCUUGUGUUAGCAGACUACUCGAUCUAGAUUGCUUAAGUUAGCUGCUCCCAGAGGUGUCUUGAUGAAAUAGGGUGUUGUUCAUGCCACUUCCCCUUGCAUGUAAAACACGGUUGUAACCAGUCUGUGUCCGGUUUCAAGGUGCAACUGCAUUUUUCCAGCGUUUAAUGUGUUUCUCUCUCUCAUCGCAAUGGUCACUGCAGCACUGAAGCUUCAGCGUGCCAGCAUCUCUCGUGGUUCAGUGCUUAAAGGUUGUAGAGCCGAGGAGGUGGUUGUGCGGUGGCCUGAACUGGGGUGUUGUCUUGAAGCAGAGUAGUGGGUGAGGGAGCAGCGGUGCAGCAUGACGGCUUGCCCGAAUUCAGCGCCAUCAGCCACCUUACCCAAGUAAUACACCAGAGUACUUCUCAAAAACUCAAAAUGCUUUCAAAAUAAGAGAUUACCUUCUGGAUUAGGAUUAAAAUACCUAACCUAAAACCUCGACUGUUGUUUUAAUUCCAGGCUUUGAGCCACGUGGGG